CUCCUCUAGACGUUCAUAUAAACUUUACAUAUUAUAACAAAAGAAUCACACCAAUUGAGUUGUUUAUACAUCAGGUGUUUUUUGCCUGGCAAAGGCAUCUUUAAAAACAAAUAACACCCUUCCACUCGUGAGAGUAACAGCACGCUGAAGCGAAGCAUUGGAGCCUGUAGUGUGUGUUCAGGUGAGACUCGCGACACCUGCGUGUGACGUCACGUGACCUUCAGUGUCCCGAGCCGACAAAAAUUGCCUGAAGUUUGUUUAUAAAACUUCUGUGAAAGUUUAUCGCGUCUCAUUGUGUUGUGGUGAGUUUAUAUUCACGUGUUUAUAAUCACGCGUGUAGUUUGAUCACUGUGAGUGUGUGUGUGUGAGAGAGAGUGCGCGCGCGUGCAGGAGGCGGGCGGGAAGUUCCAGUGAUACAUUGUAGCGACAGUGAGUGAGAGGACAUUCUUUCAUCGGUUACACUUGAAACAUGAGCUCUAAUGCACAGGACCUUACAGAAGACGUACAGCAUCAGCAGGUCACGUCCACAAUCCUCUACCUGCUUCUGGAGGCCACCAAACUCACUCCACCUGCAGGUGACGAGAGCUCAUCGGCACUCAGAGAGACAUCCUGCAACAGCCAUGUCCAUGAAGACUCUUCAUCAGACUUCACAGGCUCUUUCUCGCUCGUGCGUGAGUCUGAUAGCAGCAGUGCAUGGGAGGUGAUGCGUCUGAUAAAUCAGCAGUGUGAGUGGUUACUGCGUUCUGGAGAUGAAGAGCGGACUCAAGCCGACUCCGCAGAGACUCCGUUAAACCCGUGCGGUGACCCCAGCGCCGUCCCGCCCCGUGCCCAGAGUCCCUCACCUGCGGCCAUCUACAGCGCUCAGCCCACAGACCACCUCACACACGUGAGUGAUGAAGAAGAAAUGGAAGAACCCGACGGCCUCGCUGAGCUUAUCAUGAACAACACAGAGGAGAACAUCUGUCUGAGUGAAAACGCAUCCACGCUGCAUGACGUGUCCAGAGACGAGUCGCAUGACUGUGAUUCUGUUGCCCUGUCCACCGGCUCCGAGCGCACAGACCCGGAGAUCUGCCCCGUGGAUUUCACCUCCUGUCUGGUGUCUGAGCGAGACGGUGAUGACCUGUGGCUUCCUAUCGAUGCUUAUGAGAGUACGCAGGCUCACGGGGAACCAGCUGACAUCAAUAAUAAUCGUGUGGAGAGCCUGCACAAAGACAUCCAGGAGUCAGGCAGGCGGACGCAGAGGAAGCAGCCUCAUCCCGCCCGGAGCCCCGAUCCUCAGGACCCUGAUGUGCAGGGGGUCACGUUCAGCAUGCACCCAGAGGUGGACACCAGCACGGACCAGUGCAAGCUGGUUAUCACCUCCAACUACAGUGAGGAGAUGAGACGCGUGAGAAGACCCAGGAGCGGCCGCUGUAGAGCUGUCCAAACCUCACAGAGGAGCAGCAGCUCAGAGGAGGAGAGCGACUCCUGCGGCGCGUCCCGAGGUAAAAUCUGUGCGUCCUGUCUCACGAGAAAAACUCCGCUCUGGAGAGACGCUGAAGACGGGACUCCUCUCUGUAACGCCUGCGGGAUCAGGUAUAAGAAGUAUGGUGUGCGAUGUCACCACUGCUGGAGUAUUCCAAAGAAGGACGCGAAGAGCAACUCAAAGUGUUUGAAAUGUGGUGAUGUUCUCCGGCUGAACUCACAGCAGAAAUGCGGCGGCUGGUAGGACAUGUGCUCUCACAAUCACCCCACUGUUCUCAGGUCAGUAGUUUUGGUCAUCUCCGCUGAUGGACGGUUAGUACAGUGAUGUGUCAGAAUCUGAAACUGACAUCACACACAAAUUUGUGAAAUUCUCAGGAUGUAUUGUUAAUUUGCUUUUUGACUGAAUGUAACUGUUUGUGAAUUUGUCCUUUACAUGACCCAUGGUUGUUUAUUUCAUUUGAAGGGUUAUUUAUGUAGAUUUAUUUCUACACUCAUAUAAAUAUGUUUUUUUCUGGCUGUCUUACAUCUGAGUGUUUUGUGCUCAAAUGAAAUCUUCUGUUGUUGUUGUUGUAGAAUGUUGUUUACAGCCCUGAUAUCAAAUGCUUUGAAAUGUAGUUUGGUUGGUGUCUUGAUCUCAAUCGAUAUCAGCUUUUCCAGAAACAUUAUUAAAGUGAUGCUUCAGCCCUAAUGUGAAAUUCAUUGGAUGCUGUGAUGCACAGAGAAAAACAAAACGUUCAGCGGUGCUUAGUGAAACAAUAGAUGAAUAAAUUACAAGUUUAAUGAUGUAUGUUUAAAACAGAGAGAGUUUUGAAUAUGUGACAAAUAUUUCAUAAAGAUUGAGGUGGGUAGAUACUGAUCUGAUCUGAGUUUGUCCAGCCUUUUAUUAUUUCACAGACAGGAUGCACACGGCCUUCAGAUGCCAUCAUGACAUGAUUGUUCUCCUGGAAAUGAAAAAGUUUUUGACGGCUGUGAGAAGAUGAAACUUCAUGAGGAGUGUUUACACUCAGGAGUGAUGAGAGUGUGUAGAGGAGUGCAGGGUGUGUGUGUGCGUGUGUGCGUGAUGUGCGUGCGUGUGUGCGUGUGUGUGUGUGUGUGCGUGCAUGCGUGAUGUGCGUGCGUGUGUGCGUGUGUGUGUGUGCGUGCGUGCGUAAGGAGUGUGUUCUAUUGAAGCACAACUAAAGCUUAUUUGACAAAACAAAGUCUGAAGUUUCACAAAACGUGUCAUGAAGUUUCCCUGUCAAAUCAGAGUUUGAUCUUGAGGUCACAUGAUCCCGAGCUCGUGUGUGUGUCGUCUAGUGACCCUAUAAAAAGAUAAAGAUAUGACCCAAAUCACACGGACUAAUGUUAGUGCUCUGUGUAAUUCUUCUGAAGCUGUAUAAUCUGGGUUAAAUGCAGGCUGUAAAGGCAAUCGAGGAUUUGGCUCUUGGCCUCUUCUCAUCGGACCCUCUCUCUCAAUCAGACACCCGCCGGCCCCUCUACAGCGUAUUAAGACAGAAGUAAUGAAUGACGCUUCGUGUGCUCACAUCUGUGACCGUGGCAGAUAUAUCCUGUUUAGAGAAUGACCGACGGUCUCACCAAGACACCAAACCCCUCCAAUGCC